UAUCAUCAAAGACGGCGUUUGUGACUUGUAAGGUGGCAAAAAUUGAAGCCUUUGACUUCGGACUGUCUUGUGUUGACUUGAGACGUGAUGAGACUUAUAAUAAUAAAUAUAGACGUCAGGCUUGCUCCCACCUCUGGUAAAAUCUGAUCAUGUCAUGUAUCUAUUUUAAAUGUUUUAUUUUACACAGUAACAUUUCCAACUGUAUGCUAUCAAUAAAUCUUGUCAAUAAGAUUAAUGAAACUCCAACGCAAGUGUAUUUUUGUCAGGCGCCGCUCGGGCAGUCUCCUUGUGUCUGAUUGGUUGCUGUGUGGCAAGGACCACCCACCAUCUGUUUUGUGAUUUGUCGGUGGACGUCGUUGGGGCCUAGUACCUUCAGACUGCUCGUUCGGGACAGGGAGCCAACAGCUAGUAUGGCUAAUGUUAGCGCUGUCGUCUGGUCGAGAUACAUCUCCGGCGUGCAGACAUUGACACGCCUGGGUAUUUCUAGACGGGUGUACGCUGGAAUUUUCAACGUUUUUCUGGCUUCGCAAAUGUGUUAGCAAAGUGCUAGCGACGGCUAAUGAGAAGCUAACUGUGUGCUGGGCCCAGUCUACCAUUGGUCGAGACAGUUCUAGGGGCGUGGUUAUGGGUUGUCCCAAGAAGGCAGUCAACGCUUUCUUUUAAAGUUUUUUUUACAUUUCCUUCCAAUACGUGCGUGUGGAUCGCUCACAACAAGUGAAAAUGAUGUCAAUGGAGGAUUCAGAAAAAGUCUCCAUCAAACAACGUCCCCUGCCCCCUAAAACAGGCAACGGUAAAGGUUCCCUGACGGAAUCAGCUCAGCGUCUCAAGAGGAAACGCUAUUCUGUGGAUGUUGCCUUCAAGCGACCAGCCAAGCGUCGUCAUCGCGCUAAUAGUGACGGACAAAUGGAGUCCGUACUACCCACACACUUCCUGUUGGGUGGGAACAUCUUUGACCCACUGAACCUUAACUCGUUGUUAGAUGAAGACAUCAACAGGGCAACCAAUCAGGAGACUCAGAAGUGUUCGCCCCUGCCGUCCAGGAGUAAAGGCCCCAUAGAAAUCCUGGUUCCUCGUGACAUCACUGACCCUUUGAACCUGAAGGGAGGCGGCGAGGGUGUAUUACUGUCUCCCCUAAAGUCCAGGAGGAGACACAGGAACCGACAUGGUGGGGAUAAGGACGCGGCGCCAGAACUAUUUCCCUCCGCAGAUGGACUGACAGUUGCUUUGUUGGCCAGAGAGGGCAGUGUUCCUGUUUCUCCACUUCCUUGCGAACUCAACACUGCUAUCACAUGUCGAGAGGACAUUGCCCCGCCCCCUAUCCUUUCCAGAAGGCACUCGCACCCUCCGCCAGGUGGUGCCCGCAAAUCAAAUGGCCACCGCCAGAAGAGUCGAAGACACACCACGUCGACAAGGUCGUCAGAUCUCGCCACGGAUUCAGUCCACAUGACAACCCAGUUCCAGACACCGCUGGCAGGAGGGGUGGGAACGGCCGCUCGGUGUACAUGCAAGGCAGUUGCCGCUCAGCCACCAGAAAAGAAGGACAAACACCGCUACCAGUAUGGCAACCAUUGCCGCUACUACGGCUACCACGGUUUCUAUGGCGUCGGAUGGGAGGGGCGUAUCGGGCCCCAGGAGGACUUACGGCUACGCUUGCUGGAAGCUGAUUGGUUCAGAGACAAAAAGGUGCUGGACGUGGGCUGUGGUGCCGGUCACCUCACACUCGGUGUUGCCCGUAGUUUUAACCCGGCCCAUAUCCUGGGGGUGGAGCUCGAUGGAAGAUUGGUGCAUGCUGCAAAGCAGAACAUCAGGCACUUCCUGUCACAUGACCUGGUGGAGGAGGAAACAAAGAGGAGAGGCUCCACUGUCUCUUUGUUUUCUCCCAGGACAGAAGGAGUCAGAAAGGAACUGAAGAAGGACCAGAAGCAGGAGGGAGAGGAGGAUGAAGCUUUCCGUCUCCUCUCCUUCCCGCUGUCGUUGAGGGUUAGUCGUGGUCCUCUGGCCGCUCCUCCUCUGCUCCUGGCUGCUUCUACAGCCUCCUGCAGGUUUCCCAACAACAUCUCAUUCAUCCAGGGUGACUACGUGUCAGAGCAGGAGUUCUGGCCGGGGCGGGGUCAGUAUGACGUCAUCAUGUGUCUGGGUGUCACCAAGUGGGUCCAGCUGCAGGCAGGUGACGUGGGUGUGGUCCGACUGUUUAGACGAGCAUAUCACAGCCUGUCGCCGAGCGGGUUGUUCAUUCUCGAGCCACAACCGUGGCAACAAUACGGCCACAGCAAGAAAGCCUCGGCAACAACAUACCGUCACUACAGGAGUUUGCAGCUGAGACCUGAGCAGUUCACCUCUUACCUGAUGGACAAUGUCGGCUUCAGCUCUUACAGACUCCUCACACACACUGGUAAGCAACAGCCCAUCUACUUAUUCCACAAAAGUCCCGCCCACAAGGACGCAGGUGGCGCUGCGUGAAGAUAACAUGUCAAGAAGGGCUCCCGUCAUGUUUUUGGAUGGUUAGUCUUUCACCUUGCGUGGCCUCAGGAUCUAUUGUGACUUCCCACCUUUUUGUCUCAUCAUAUACAUUUCGAGAGGUUUCCUCGUCAUGUCGGAUGUUCGAAUUGCUCCGUGUUUCAGUACCCAGAAGUUCUCUCGCUUUUGUGUCAUGGGACUUGUCAAAUUUCAGCUGCAGUUUUAUGAAAGUCACAUGUCUUGUCGGACUCUUCGUGGCGUUCGAUUCUGCCCCUGACCAAAGAAGCCGACCAUGCAAAUAAAUCAAUACGUCUGGCUUACAUUGAAUCAAUGCA